UCAGUCAUCACUCAUCAGUCCAAUGUUUAUAAAAGUUUUGUGUAAUUCUCCGUCGAACAAUUUGCUUUUAUUUUAUUGUUUAGAAUAAUUUAAUACUAAAACUCUCGUUAUCAAGAAAAACUUUGCUUUAAGAUAAAAAUUUAUGAUAAUACUAUAAUAGAUUGUAGCAAAAACCAAUCAAAAAUGUCUUUGCGAAAGCUAGUUGAAGCGGAUUGUGGUGGUGCAAAUCCACUAAUGCAAUUGGGUGGACAAUUCACUCGAGAUAAUGCUCAUAAAGAAGAAGGUUUUUCCGGAAAUCAUGCCCCAUUCGAGUCGCGUUCAGUUAUGUCUGAAGAACAAAUGGUAAAUGAAUUUAUGGGACAGAUUUCGGGGCCUCCACAAUCAUUUCAAGUCAAUGAACUGCUCCAAGAGUUGCGUGAAAUAGAAUCGCAACGAUUUCUUCCUCAAGUUAUAAACGCUCCAAGGGUCAUUGAUGAAGUCACUCGUAAUAGUUCCGAAUGGGCUAAGGAAUUUGCGCAAGAAACAUUAGCAUCACAGGAGGGAGGGCCAAUUCAAUUUGAUGAGGCCUGGCGACAACCAACUAUUAUCAAUGUACAACCAGUCCAAGAUAAUGUUACAAACGUGAGUGAGUUUUUCGAUUUGAACGAUAAUCAAAUAAAUCUACACCCAGCUCCUGCACCGUACUUAGCGAUUUGCCCGGCAUACAUUCCACCAACCUCCGCUUCAUUUGGAGACAAUGAACUCGGUGCUGUUGGAGGUGAGACAACUUCAACUAUGGAAGAUUGGCUAAAUGACUUUCAAACCUCUAAGAAAGAACAUGAGAAAGCUACAGACGAUUACAAUUCAAAGUUCUUACAACGUCUGCAGGAAGAGUGGCAGAAACUUUCAGACGAUAAUGGGACCGAAUAUCCUUGGCUGUCUGACUACUCUGAUAUGUACGAUCCUUACAAAGAAUACAGCUAUGCUGAGGAAAAUCCAAUGGCUGAUGUGGAAAACGCUUUCGAAAAGGGCAAGGAAUUUUUGGCUAGAGGUGACAUUCCAAGUGCUGUGCUAUGCUUUGAAGCAGCUUCAAUCAAAGAUCCCCAAAAUGCAGAAGUCUGGGAGUUGUUGGGAAUUUGUCAAGCUGAAAAUGAAAUGGACCCUCAGAGUAUUGCUGCUUUAAAACGUUCUCUAGCUUUGAAACCGAAUAAUAUGCGUGCCCUAAUGGCUUUAGCUGUUUCCUAUACCAAUGAAAGUUUGCAAAGUCAAGCUUUGAAAUCUCUCACAACAUGGCUACACUGUCAUCCAAAAUACAACCAUCUAGUUCCUGAUCAUCUACUGGGUCCCGCUUCGAACAGUUCGACGACCUCCCUUAUGCGGGGACCAGAGCUUAAAGAAAUCCAACAUAUUUUCCUUGAAGCUGUAAAACAAAAUCCAAACGAAAUCGAUGCAGAAGUUCAGGAGGCCUUGGGUGUACUUUUUAAUCUUUCGUCUGAAUUCGAUAAAGCUGUAGAUUGUUUUCAGGCCGCCCUACAUGUUAGACCGCAGAAUGCUAAAAUUUGGAAUAGGCUUGGGGCCAGUCUUGCCAACGGCAAUCGAUCUGUUGAAGCUGUUGAGGCUUAUCAGAGAGCCUUAGAAAUCGAACCCGGAUUUAUAAGAGUUCGUUACAAUGUGGGUGUGUGUUGUAUGAAUUUGAAGGCUUAUAAACAAGCUGCUGAGCAUCUCCUUACCGCUUUGAAUUUACAAGCCAACUCAACUGUGCGGUCUGGCUUGAAAGAAGGAGCUGUUUUGAGUGGAUCCUCCAGUCAAAUGUCUGACACUAUUUGGACUACAUUUAAAAUGAUUAUAUCGUUGAUGGGUCGAAGUGAUUUGCAUGAAUAUAUCAAUGAUAGGAAUUUAAAUGCUCUCAAUGAAGCAUUUAAAGAUUCUCCAUAAAAAUUUGUUGAUUUUUUUUAAUAAGAAAAUGCAAUAUGGGGACGGGAAAUAUAUAGAUAAUCAAUAAAUGGGGUUGUUAAUUAUGUUUAAGACAUGAAACGUAAUACAUCAUAAUAUUUAAGACAAUUUUUCAAAAUAAAAUUUAAAAAAAGGGAAAUAAAUAAUUUA